AUGGCACCUCCGAAACCAGUCUACAUCCUCUCCGCCGUCCGGACACCAACGGGCAUGUUCCAAGGCUCUCUUGCUUCCCAAAGUGCCAUUCAGCUCGGCACUCACGCAAUCAAGUCUGCCGUCGAACGCUCUGGCGUCAAGCCUGAGCAGGUCGACGAGGUCUUCUUCGGCAACGUCCUCCAAGCAAACCUUGGCCAGAACCCAGCACGACAAUGCCUUAUCCACGCUGGCCUCCCCGAAUCCGUCGAAGCUACCACGAUCAACAAGGUCUGCGCCUCUUCGAUCAAGGCCAUGUCUCUUGGUGCAGCAACGAUCCUGACUGGUGAGGCCAGCGUCAUCGUGGCAGGCGGGACCGAGAGCAUGUCGAAUGUCCCACACUACCUUCCCACCUUGCGAAACGGAGCCAAGUUUGGUGACCAGACGCUUGUAGAUGGCGUGCUAAAGGACGGCUUGACUGAUGUGUACAAGAAUGAGCACAUGGGUCUGCAGGGUGAAGAGUGUGCCAAUGACCACGGAUUUGGACGACAAGAGCAGGAUGAGUACUGCAUUCGCAGCUACAAGAAGGCUAUUGCAGCACAGCAGAACGGCUGGUUCAAAGAGGAGAUCGCUCCAGUCACGAUCAAGGGUACGAGGGGAAAGCCAGACACUACAGUUGACCAGGACGAUGAGCCAAAGAAGUUCAACGAGGAUGCCACGCGGUCACUCAAGCCUGCAUUCAAGAGGGACGGUGGAACUGUCACUGCUGCCAACGCUUCGCCACUGUCUGACGGCGCUGCUGCUGUGGUUCUUGCUAGCGAGGAGUAUGUCAAGGAGCACAACCUCAAGCCGAUUGCGAAGAUUCUUGGAUGGGGCGACGCCGCGAAGAACCCAUCCAAGUUCACCACCGCACCAGCUCUAGCCAUCCCGAAGGCGCUCAAGCACGCUGGAAUCAAGCAGGAGGAUGUCGACGCUUUUGAGAUCAACGAGGCCUUCUCCGUGGUUGCCCUCGCCAACAUGAAGCUCCUUAGUCUGAGUGAAGAGAAGGUCAACCUCCACGGUGGUGCUGUCGCUCUCGGUCACCCUCUAGGUGCCAGUGGUGCUCGUAUCGUCACGACCUUGCUUGGCGUUCUCAAGGAGAAGAAGGCCAAGAUUGGCUGCGCAGGUAUCUGCAACGGUGGUGGAGGCGCAAGCGCUAUUGUGAUCGAGAGGAUCGAUGCAUAA